AUGGAAGAUUUUGGAAGCGCUCUCGACAUGCCUUCACCUUCCAACUCACUAUAUUACGUGUAUGGGGACGGAGAACACUACUCCUCUGGCUCACAAAGCCCCAGCAACUCGACCUACGACAUGGCGUCCACGGCAGAUCUCACUAGCUUUGCCAGCGUGUACCCAAAUACGGAACACGAGGAGGAGUCAGGACCGCAGGAUCAACAACAAAAGCCAGCAGCCAAGAGAAAACGCGAGAACCGCUACAAGAAUGCCCCUCCCUCCGUCUUGUCGAGGCGUCGAGCACAGAACCGUGCUUCACAGAGGGCUUACCGGGAGCGGAAGGAUCAGAGAAUCAAGGACCUUGAGCAGAUGCUCAAUGAUGCCAAGCAGCGGAACGAUGUUCUCAACCAGGCCUACGCAGCGCUCCAUGCUGAAUAUGUCUCCCUCAGACGGUCUCGGCUCGAAGACCAGCAAUACCACCACCAGCAACCCGAUUUGACAUAUGGUAACUCGCAUCACGGCAUGGGAUUGGAGGCGACAGGAACCGAGGGACUGGAUAUGGAGUUGUUUGUCUAUCCGGAUCUAAAUCCAGGAUAUUCGCUCAACUGA